GCGUUCGCCAGGCAUCGGUUGGCUGCGAUGAUAAAAGUCCGUUGUUAUUGCCACUGGUCAGUUGCUGUUUGCAACACGGCACGCGAGCUAGUGCGCUACUAUCCAGACCGUCACUUGUCACACUGGCUUUCUAUCGACUUUCAUUAAGGAGGUACUGUUGCAAGAGAAGCCGAGACGACGAGAAAAUGAGCGGCGUCCAAAGAGAUCCUGCUGCUGAGCAGCUGAACGACUACAAGAGGAACGUAAAGGAGGAAACGGUGCUCCUAACCGGAAAUGGAACACCGAUUGCUAACAAGCUGUCCAGCUUGACCGCGGGACCACGGGGUCCAGUGUUGCUCCAAGAUCAUGUCUUUCUCGACGAAAUGUCGCACUUUGUUAGAGAAAGAAUUCCAGAGCGUGUGGUGCACGCGAAAGGAGCUGGUGCUUUCGGUUAUUUCGAAGUUACCCACGACAUUACGCAGUACACUAAGGCGAAGAUUUUCUCAAGCAUCGGUAAACGAACGCCAAUGGCUGUGAGAUUCUCCGUCGUGGGUGGAGAAAGCGGAUCGGCGGACACGGUCAGAGACCCACGUGGUUUCGCGCUUAAAUUCUACACCGAGGAGGGUAUCUGGGAUUUGGUGGGCAACAACACCCCCAUCUUCUUCAUCAAGGAUCCCUUGCUCUUCCCUAGCUUCAUUCACACUCAGAAGAGAAACCCUGUCACUCAUCUCAAGGACGGCGACAUGUUUUGGGACUUCCUAUCAUUGAGGCCAGAGUCGACACAUCAGGUCAUGAUCCUGUUCUCUGAUCGUGGUAUACCCGAUGGUUUCCGUUACAUGCACGGUUUUGGUUCUCACACGUUCAAGCUGGUAAACGCUCAGAACGAGAUCACCUGGUGUAAAUUCAUCUACAAGACCAACCAGGGAAUCAAGAACCUUCCAGUUGAUAAGGCAGCAGAAUUGAGCGCUUCUGAUCCCGAUUACUCUCUGAGGGAUCUUUAUAAUGCAAUCGCGACCCGCCAGUAUCCCAGCUGGACGUUCUACAUCCAAGUUAUGACUCCAGCACAGGCGAAGUCCUUUAGGUGGAAUCCGUUCGACGUGACCAAGGUAUGGCCACAGAAGGAGUUCCCGCUCAUUCCAGUUGGUAAGUUCGUGUUGGACCGAAAUCCUGAUGAUUACUUCACCGACGUCGAGGAAAUAGCCUUCGAUCCUGCUCACAUGCCACCUGGUAUCGAACCUAGCCCCGACAAAAUGCUGCAGGGUCGUCUCUUCGCUUACGGCGAUGCUCACAGGUAUCGCGUUGGUCCGAAUCAUCUUCAGCUACCAGUGAACUGCCCGUACAAGAAACUUACAGCAACGAACUACCAACGAGACGGCGAGAUGCAGCAGAACAACCAGAAUGGUGCACCGAACUACUACCCCAACAGUUUCUGCGGACCCAAAGAGUGUCCAGCGGUUCGUUCUCCAAGCUUCCCCGUCAGCGGCGACGUGGAUCGCUGGACCCCCGAAAACGAGGACGAUUUCGGUCAGGUCACCGUCUUCUGGAAAGACGUUCUCGGCCCCGACGAGAAGACGAGACUCGUCAACAACAUUGUGGGAAAUCUCAUUCGUGCACAGCCGUUCAUCAUCGAAAGGGCGAUAAAGAACUUCACGGAGGUCGACCCGGAUCUCGGCAAACGAUUAACCGAGGGCGUUCUAAAAGCCGGCAUUCAUAUCAAUGUUUUCGGCAAAACCGCCAACUUGUGAAAAGAAUAUCCUUCCUCUACUCUAAUCACCAUUUUCAUUUCAGAUGUGUACGCACCGUGUAAUUGUUUUUGUUUUGCACCAAUAAAUGAUAUUAUUAUUUUUGUUAAA